AUGGACCUCGUACAAGAUAAUGCUGCGCAUACGCAAGCUUCUGAGCGGUCUGAGAGGAAUUUGGAACAGUUCGGCAUGCAGACGCAGGCUGUGAGCGACGAAUUCGGUUCGACUGUUACGGACGACAGAGAGGAAGAGGGAGCUCCUUAUGCCCAUCAUGAAGACCUGUCUCCGGAAGAGUGGAACAAAAGACGAGAGCAGCUCAAGCAAUGCCUAAGAAUGCUUCAAAAAUCGAUACCGUCUUCACUGGUUGGUCCGGAGCCUGACGUGGCGGAGCUUCUAGAAAGCGCUGCUGCUUACAUCAACUACCUGAAGACGUAUAACCAGACCUUGGCUGUUGUAGUCGCCCAUCAGCUGUAA